GCGGCGGGCCGCGCCAUGGGGCUGCUGGAGCGCCUGCGGAAGGAGUGGUUCAUCCUCGGGAUCGUGCUGGUCAUCGCGGUGGCGCGGCUAGAGCCCGCCGUCGGCGUCAAAGGGGGACCCUUGAAACCAGAAAUUACCAUAACUUACAUUGCUGUUUCAGCUAUAUUCUUUAACAGUGGACUCUCCUUAAAAACUGAGGAGCUGACAAAUGCUUUGAUGCAUGUGAAACUACACCUUUUUGUCCAGAUUUUUACACUUGUGUUCUUCCCAACAGCAAUAUGGCUCUUUCUUCAGCUAUUAUCAAUCACACCUAUAAAUGAAUGGCUUUUAAAAGGCUUGCAGACAGUAGGCUGCAUGCCACCGCCUGUGUCUUCAGCAGUAAUUUUAACCAAAGCUGUUGGUGGAAAUGAGGCAGCUGCUAUAUUUAAUUCCGCUUUUGGAAGUUUUUUGCUUGGAUCAUCCUCCUCUGUGCCUUUUACAUCUAUAUUCUCGCAGCUGUUUAUGACUGUUGUAGUCCCCCUUAUUAUUGGACAGAUUGUCCGAAGAUACAUCAAGGACUGGCUUGAAAGGAAGAAGCCUCCAUUUGGCGCUAUCAGCAGCUGUGUGCUCCUGAUGAUCAUCUACACAACAUUCUGUGAUACUUUUGCCAAUCCAAAUAUUGACCUUGAUAAAUUUAGCUUGAUUAUAAUAGUGUUCAUAAUAUUUUCUGUUCAGAUGAGCUUCAUGUUUUUGACUUUCCUCUUCUCUACAAGGAAUAACUCUAGUUUCACACCAGCAGACACAGUGGCUAUCAUUUUCUGUUCCACACACAAAUCCCUCACCCUGGGGAUUCCAAUGCUGAAGAUAGUAUUUGCGGGUUAUGAGCACCUGUCCUUAAUUUCCGUCCCUUUACUCAUCUAUCAUCCUGCUCAGAUUCUUCUUGGCAGUCUGUUGGUACCAACAAUAAAAUCUUGGAUGGUUUCUAGGCAAAAGGCACUGAAGUUAACCAGGCAGCCCAAAACACCCGUGAAGGUAUAAUUAUGGAGAUGGCCUGUGUCACAGUGAAUGUAUAUAUGUACUAUACUGUACACACAGACAAUUGAGACAACUGGGUAUUUGUGAAUGUUGCUUCAGUGCAUAUUUUAUUUUUUUAUAUAUAUAUAUAUAUAUUAAAAAGAUACCUGUUAAGUGCCUUACAGAUGCAUUUUUGGCAAAAGCAUUGUUUCAGGAAGCCACUUUGUUGGUUACUGCAAGAGGUUGUACAGUAUUUUGGAGUCCUUUAGUUUUUAUUUUUCUAACCAAGUGAAUGGUCAUGACUAACAGCUGUUUCUUCCAUUGCCCCUGCUUUGAAGCCAGGGUGCACCAGCUGUAAGUCUCUGUUUUAAACUAGCCAAAAUGACCAGAAGCCUAUCCCACUGCUGGCUUACCCUGGGGAAGAGCUUUCUGAAGGUUUUUUUUCAAGAUUGACUUGAAUUUCUGUGUGACUCUGUUACACUCCCUAGUCAUAUGACUGUGACAUGCCUUUUUCUUCUGAGUUUGUGUAUACUCAGCAUGGGGCCAUCCAUUGGAUAGAAGCUGAGAAGCAUGAAUUAUUUGCAUUUGUUGACACAGUUGUCUAGACAUUCCUUCAAAGUUAAUGGUUUCUCAAGAAAAUUCUUUCAGUUCCAUUGUAUGAUAUUGUGCCAUUGUAUAUCUUAAAUGCCUCAUAAGCUUCUUCAAAGAAAUGGUCUGGUGCUUGGGUUAUGAGUGAAGUAUUUGUGUUUGCAGCUAGGAGAGCUUUUAUAAUUUACCCCUGAAGAACACAAAUUUUUGUUUUUCUUUUUUCUUUUCUUUCCCCUGGUGCAAGGCACGGAGAUCUGCAGUGACAGAAUUUAGGAUGCUAAUAUUGAAACAGAGCCUUUAUUGUAGUAAGCCAAGCUACGUUUUCUGUAUUGCUGCAUUGGUAAUGAAUAAUAGCUUGUGAGGACAAGAAAGUUGACAAUUUUUUUUUUUUUUCCAGUUAAAAGGAUCCUUAUCGUAACAGAAAUGCUAUCUGAGCUAAUUCGACAAUCAGUCACUUUUUAAAAAAUAAAAUGUUACUUUUUUUAAUAAACUUAUAUAAAAAAAGAAUACAAAAUAUUCUUUCUAAGAGGAGUGUUGAAAAGAAAGGAACCCAGGCAUAUAUUUAAACAUAUAGCCAGCACUGCAUCUUGUCCGGGAGAUUAAGAUUUCAGAAGCAUACCAGACUCUGAGGUGUACCCAGCUGCAAAAACUGUGCUGGCAAUUGUGCAUUAAAAUAUUAAAAGGAAUGAAAGAAAUAGGUCAAACUAGGAUCGAUAUAAAUGCAGAAGUUUCAUAUGUGUCAUGGUUAACAUUGCAGUUAAUGGUGCAACUGAGUGCAAACAGCUAGGAGCAGAUCUUUAGCAGAUGUAAAUUAUCGUCGCUCUGAUAAGGCUAUAGCCAUUUACACAAGCUGAAGAUCUUUUGUAUGACAACAGGCAUGUGAAAUUCGUAUCCUUUUGCCUUAGUGAAAAAGAUUGUGCUUGGUUUACCUAGUCUGUUAUUCCUAGUCCAUUAUUCCUGUGAACAACAGGAAAGUAAUCCGGUACCAAUCAUCGGUGCUUUACCUGAUGGUCAGUCAGAGCAAGACUGCUCUGUUGCCACCUGUAUGAGAAACUACUGGGAGCUGACAGCAUCACCUUGUUCAGAAUUGUCAUCACCAAUAAAAUGACCAUGUAACGAAGGUAUGUGAGGUGGCAACAUGCUGAAUUCUUUCAUUCCCUGGAAGGGGGAUCAAGCUUGGCACACUGAGCAGGUGGGAGGGCUGAGGGACACUGUCCACCGCCCGUGUCCCCCAGGGCUGUGCUCUCUUCUCACUAGCCGGUGAUGCAAAGGGCAGUGGGCAGUGAGCUCACAGUUUUGAUCAGCACAUCCCUAGAUAGCAUAGUCAGAUCCACCAACAGCCCAACCUGCAAGGUAAUUGGAGAGAAUAGCAUGCGUGUUCUUGGGCCAAGUUCAAGGUUCCCCUUCCUUAAGCAUGCUAACCGGUAACUGGCUCCAUGGGAAAAAAUUUCUUUGUCUGGGCUUAAAAACCCUGCUUGCAGUGGGGAAUCCACACUCAGGACAGUUUCUUUCUGUUCUGUUCCCAUAAACCUGAACUUCCAGAGUAUAUAAGUACCUAAUCGCAAUCCCACUGAAAUCGAUGGCUCUUUCUGUUGGUUUUGAAUGGCAAAGCAACAGGCCCAGAAAGAGUGCUUGCUUUUUUUAAAUAUAUAGGAAGAGUUCAAGCAUACAGUAACAUACUGUGGUUGUGUCAACGCUAAAUAGUCAGCACACUGCAAGUACCCUUGCUGAGCUACCUCUACGUACUGAAUCUCCGACUUUCAGUACAUCCAACAACUUGCUUAGAUUCCACUGAACACGUCCUUUUUUGUUUGUUAAAUUUUUUCUACAUUUAAGAAUAUUGCAAACUGUUUUAAGAUGGAGUUUUGUUAGAGCCUUUACAAAGUCCUUGUUGAUUGCUUGGGGCAGCCUAAAUAUUGUGUAUGAGUGUUGGAGGUGUUGGUCUAAAGGGAAUAUAAAGCAAAACUGAAAUACAUAUUUUAAAUCCGUACUUAAUGAAAAUUAAUUAUGCAUAUCAAUUCCUUUAUGUUUAAAGACUGUUAAGAUGUUUGUUUUAUGACUUGUUAUUAUGCCUAUAUGUCUUUAAUAAACAGAAUGGUUUUGAAUUUAAUUUUGUUAAUAGGAAAACAAGAUAAAAUUACUUAUCCUCUA